AUGUUUUGUUGCUUAAAAAAUUGUGUCAAUGGAUUCUCUCUAACACCGACUGUGCCCAUACGAGUGAAGAGUAAUCCAGUACAAUUAGAUACUUUACAUAUGGGUCAUGAAGUAGUAAUAGUAAAAGGUGGUCAACGGGUAUGUGGUUCAGGAUGUGCUUUAGGCAAUGCACCAUUGGUACAAAACAAAGCUUAUUUUGAAGUUAAAUUACAACAGGGAGGAGUGUGGGCUAUUGGAUUAGCUACAAGAGAAGCUGAUCUAAAUAGAGUCCAUGGAGGUGUAGACAAAGAAUCUUGGUGUAUAAAUAGUGAUGGUACUGUGAGACAUGACAAUGUAGAGCUGUACCAUCUGAAACCUCCAUCUCGAGAGUCCCCUACUUCAGAACUCUUAGUCUCAACAGGAUCACCUAACCAUGUGAAUCAAACAGAGAAUGAGAAAACAGAAAUUGAUAGGGGUAAUGAGAAGCAGUUAAUGCCAGUGGAAGGAGAUGUAAUCGGAUUAGCAUAUGAUCACGUGGAGCUCAAUUUCUUUUUGAAUGGAAAAAAUAUGGAAAUACCUGUGAGGAAUAUUAGGGGCACAGUUUACCCCGCACUUUAUGUUGACGAUGGUGCUAUCCUCGACAUUAUAUUAGAUAACUUCAGAUAUCCACCACCUUCUGGAUAUGAAAGAAUUAUGGUGGAGCAGUCCUUACUU